GUGGUAGGAGGAUCACUAUCGACGGCUCUUAUUCACGGCACCACGGAAUAGUCUACAUCUGCCCGUACCUGAUCUUUACCAAUAUAUAAAACACUGAUACAAAAGUAAUUUUAGAGAGAGAGGGACCACGCCUAAUUUGUAUACGGAGAAACAGAAAAUCGCCGACCACCGAUACAACCACCGCCGAUCCGUGCUAAUAAGUCAUACAUGGAAGGUGUUGGAGCUCGACUCGGCCGAUCCUCGACUCGCUACGGACCGGCUACCGUGUUUACAGGUCCGGUAAGGAAGUGGAAGAAGAAGUGGAUCCACGUAACGCCUACCAACACAUCCGCAGCCUCAAACAAUAAGCAUCAUCAUCAUCAACAUCAAUCUAAUGGAAACUCUUCUUCUAAUGGCAACAAUAACAAUGCCUCAGCUUCUCAUCUUUUGCUUUACAAAUGGACGCCAAUUCGUCAAGCUCAUAACAGCUCCGCCAACAACAAUAGCAAUGGCGACGCCAACGAAGACGGUGGUGCCGCCGAAGUGGACGAAGAGCCGCCCCGCCGUAAGAUGAAAUACAUUCCAAUAGCUGUACUGGAGGAACAAAAUAGCGAGGAACCAGAGGUGCAGGCUGAUGAAGAUAAACCUCAACCUGUUGAGAGUGACUCACUUGCUGCUGCAGAUGAUGAAUCAUCUUUGAAGAAGGAAAAACCUGACAUCAAUGAUAUGCCAAUGGAAGAGAAUCAGGUUCCUGAGAAUAUUGAUGUGGAAAGGGAAGACCUGAACAAAAGCAAUGUGGGUUUAAGCCUGAAUUUAAAUGAAGGUGAAGGUGAAGGUGAAGGUGAAGGUGAAGGUGAAGGUGAAGGUGAAGGUGAUGGAGAUGGAGAUGGAGAUGGAGAUGGAAAUGGAGAUGGAGAUGGAGAUGGAGAUGGAGGUGAAGAAUCUGAAGAAGCAAAAGACGAAACUAAAGAUGAUUGAUUGAUUGGAUAGACUAGAGUGAGUAAAAUACUACACAGGAUGGAUGAAUUGUAUUUUUUUUUUUAGAAUUAUUCUAC